AUGGAUAUCCCUGGCGAGACACCCUCUCCACAAGGGAUGCCCAUGCCGGGCCUGGCUGGCAUGUCCGGACCUGGUCCCGACCCCCAACAUAUGGGCCACCAACAGUUGCAACAGAACCAACUUCAACAGCAGCAACAGCAACAGCAACAACAACAACAGCACAACCUGCUGCCGCAAAUGUCGGCCGCCGACGCCGCCGUCGUCAACAAACUGACGCGCGGCCACUCGUGCGUGCUGUGCCAGCAGCGCAAGGUGCGGUGCGACAAGAACAAGCCGUGCGCCAACUGCGUCAAGGCGCAAGUGGAGUGCCGCGUUGUCCCACCGCAGCCGCCGCGCCGCCGCAAGAAGAAGCCGCACGAGCGCGAGCUGGUCGAGCGCCUGCGCAAGUACGAGGCGCUGCUGGCCCAGCACGGGGUGUCCUUUGACCCCGUGUACGACGCACAUGCCUCGGCACAUACCUCGCACGGGUCCCAUGGCGGCCAAGGCGGCCAUGGCGGCUACCACUCGACGAUUGACGAGGUCGACGAGCUGCAGAACGACCUGGUCGGGCUCAAGACGUCGCCGUCGUCGAGCAACCAGGAGUACUCGUCCGAGGCGAAUGCAGCCACGGCCGAGCGCCUCAAGUGGUCGUACCGCUCGUCCAACGAGGACACCCUGCGGGACGACGACGACUCGUCCGACGACGAGCUCGAGGGCUCCACCAUCCACCACGCCUUUGACAGCAUGUUUGACAACCAAGACGGCUUUCCCUUUGUCAUUGGCGGGCAGACGACCAAGGUGACGGACCACCACCCACCCGGCAUUCAAAUCUUCCAGCUGUGGCAGAUCUACCUGACCAACGUCAACCCGCUGCUCAAGGUCACACACACACAGACGCUGCAAGCGCAGAUCAUUGAGGCGGGCGCCAACGUGGCCAAGAUCCCGCGGCCGCUCGAGGCGCUCAUGUUUUCCAUCUAUUUUAUUGCCAUUACGUCGAUGAGCGAGGAGGACGUGCAGAGCACGUUUGACGAGGAGAAGGCGCGCCUGCUGUCGCGGUACCACCGGGCCGCGCAGCAGGCGCUCAUCAACGCCGGCUUCAUGCGCAGCCCCGACCUCGUCGUGCUGCAGGCGUACUUCCUCUACCUAGUAAGUCUAAUUCCCAUCGCACUGCCCACAUACCAACAGUCGCAGAUUUGCGUGCGCCAGUACGUCGACCCGCGCUCGCUCUUCUGUCUGAUUGGCAUUGCUGUGCGCAUCGCCCAGCGCCUGGGCCUGCACCGCGACGGCACCCAGUUCGGCCUGCCGCCCUUUGAGGUCGAGCUGCGCCGCCGCCUGUGGUGGCAGAUUGUCGUCUUCGACAAGCGCAUCGCCGAGAUCACCGGCUCCACCAUCACGGCCCUCUCGUCGAGCCACGCCGACACCAAGUUCCCCCUCAACAUCAACGACACCGACCUGCACCUGCACGCCAAGGACGCGCCCACGCCCUAUGUCGGCCCCACCGAAAUGCUCUUUUGCCUCACCCGCGUCGAGAUGUGCACCGCCGCCGGAUCGCCCGACAGCGGACCCCCCCAUGCGGCGGCCGGCGGCGGCGCCCACCCUGCCACCACCACAGCCGGCACCAACAACAGCAGCAACAGCAACAACAACAGCAACAGCAACAGCAACAAUGUUGGUGGUGGUGGUGCUGGUGGCGGCUCUGGCAGCAACAGCAACGCCAGCGGCGGCUCGCCCGCCUCCGCGCCGUCGGCACAACCGUCCGGCGGGGGCAACCCCUCGUCUUCCGCGGCAGGCGCGACAGGCGCCAACAACGCGGCCGCCCCUUCCACCAACUCAGCCCCACCGCCGGGUAGUGCCGCCGCUACGGUCGCCGCCGCGACCCGCAAGUUCCACUACUCGCCGAGCCCCAGCUCGCCCGACGUCGUCACCCACAUUGUCAACCAGACGCUGCCCAGCGACCCCGAGAGCUACUACAAUUACAUUGAAAACACGUACCUCAAGUCCUGCGACCCCAAGAUCCCCAUGCACUUCUUCACCCUCAUGAUGACCCGCCAGGCCCUCUCGAAAAUGCGCGUCAUCAACUUUUUGGCCCGCAAUGGGCCCGCCGCCGCCGCCGCCGCCGCCGCCGCUGCUGCUGCCAACACCAACGGCAGCGGCGCCUCCGGCUCGCCGUCGUCCAACGACGCCGCCACACCCAUGAACAGCAGCCACAGCCAAGGCGGAUUCAGCCCGAUGGGCGGGAUGAGCAGCUUUGGCAGUGGACCGGGCGGGAUGGGCGGUGGUCUGGGCGGCGGCAUGAUGGGUGGUGACAUGGACGACAUGAUGGGUGGGAUGGGCGGCGGCAUGGGCAACAUGAUGGGCGGGAUGAUGGGGAUGGGUGGCGAGGGCGGGAUGAUGAUGGGUGGCGGCGGCGGCGGUGGUGGUGGUGGUCCGGGUGGCAUGAUGAUGGGCGGCGGCAUGGGCCCGCCCACGACUGCCUACGGUCCUCCGCCGCCACCGUCGCACACGCAGACCCAUCUGGUCCCACCCGCCCCUCUUCCACCGGCCCCGGCGCCGCCCGUCGUCGACGACGCCGAGCGCGACACGCUGUUCAUCGAGGCGAUCAACAUGGUCGAGUACGACAACAUCAUGCAGAGCGCCGACAGCCUGCGCGGGUUCGCCUGGUACACGUACAUGCACUUCCCCUUCCCUGCCUACAUGUUCAUCGUCAUUGAGCUGCGCACGCGCAAGUCGGGCGACCUCGUCGAGCGCGCGUGGGCCGCCAUCACCGAGAACCACGACCGCCGCGGGCUCAUCCGCAACCUGCGCAGCCCCAUCCACGUAGCCUUUGGCGGGCUGUUUAUCAAGGCAUGGGACGCGCACGAGGCGGCCGAAGCGCAGGCGGGCCGCACGCGCACGGCGCCCAAGUUCAUCCAGCUGCUGCGGCAGACGAUGCCCAAGAUCAACGCCAGCAUCGCACAGCAGCAUCAGCAUCAGCAUCAGCAUCAGCAGCAGCAGCAACAAGGAGUGGUGGGGCCACUUGGAGGUGCGUCUGGUGCGCCGCCGCAACGGCCGCUGCCGACAACGAGCAACAGCAGCAACAACAUUGGGAGCGUCGGUAGCCGAACCGAGGAGGAGAUUGUUAUGGAGGAGCCGGUAUCUCGGAAACAGCAACAGCAACAGCAACAACAGCAGCAGCAGCAGCUUGCGCAGGGUCUGCAUCCGUCGUCGGCCUCGUCGACGACAUCCUCGCCGCCCGCGGCGCAGCAGCAACAGCAGCAGCAGCAGCAACAACAACACCAAACACACCAAUUACAACAACCCCAUCCACAUGCGCUGCUUCAACAGCACCAACAACACCAACAACACCAACACCAGCAACGGCAGCAUCCGCACCAACACGCACAGCACCAAGUACACGGACCCGUCUACGCGCAGCCCACCGGCGCCACACAGACGCCCGGUGGUGGCGCGGGCGGAGGAGGACAAGGCAGCGGAGGAGGACCGGGCGGACCGGGAGGACCGGGUGGACCGGGUGGACAGGGCCAGGGAGGAGGCGGACAAGGACAAGGCCAAGGUGGCAACGGGCAGUACUUUGACAGCCUCGGCACACCCCAAAUCAUUGGCGGCGUCAGCAUGCCCGACACAAUGGACUUUGGCCCGAUGGACUGGAGCUUCUUUAUGCAGAACGAGUACAACAGCAGCGGCAAUGGUGGCGGCGGUGGAGGGGGCGCCGGCCAAGGUGGUGGCCCGAGCCCGGGAUCCAACCCCAACGGAGCCGGACCUGGGUCCGUUGGACGUGUUGGUCCUGGCAAUGGCGGCCCCGGGGGUGCACCGGGCAAUCCCGGCGGGCCAGGCCAAGGCGGCCAGGGCGGUGGUGGCAGCUAUGCGGGCAUGUACGGGCAGCCAGGCCACGGUGGUUAG